AUGGCAACACACACACCGGGGCAAUUGCAUCUUGAGCAGGAGCAGAUUACCGCCGACACGACUGAGAUACUUCGAGAGCUGAGCAAGUGGCUUAGAGACAAGGCUAAGUUUGAGAAGGAGGGAGACAAUCUAGAAAAAUGCGUCGAUGAAGGUCUAGAAGAAGCCUGCAAACCCCUCAUCAACUUACUGAAAACCAAUAACAAGGAGCGGCGCGAUUCUAUAACAGAAAAGGCUCGGCGUCUAUUGUUCCUAUCCGAAUAG